ACGCCGCGUUACGCAAGCAAAAGACGUUUCACCCCCUCUUCUUCUCAGGCAGCGUGUUUUGCAGCAUUCUCUAUCUCUAUUAUACUGACAGUCACUUUCUAUCUCUAUCUCGCAUUCUCGCCAUGUCUGUUUCACAGGGAGCUCACAUACAUACACCAUCAUUUGUUUCUGCAAUUCAGUUCAAUUUAUAAAUGCUGAAAUUCUUACGUACAGAUACAGGUAUCGGUGUCCGGCGCUGCAUUGAAAGAUCUCUUGUCUAGGGAAGCACCAGAUGAUGAGUGGAAACAAUACACAGAAGCUAACAGCAAGUGAUGCCCUUGCAUAUCUCAAGAAUGUGAAGGAUAUUUUUCAUGACAAAAGAGACAAAUAUGAUGAGUUCCUUGAGGUCAUGAAAGAUUUCAAAGCUCAAAGAAUUGACACAUCUUGCGUCAUAGCAAGAGUGAAGAAUCUAUUUAAAGGGCAUGAAAAUUUAAUUUUGGGCUUCAAUACAUUCUUGCCAAAGGGAUAUGAGAUCACCCUACAAUCUGAGGAUGAACCACUACCACCUCCGGUGAAAAAGCCAGUUGAAUUUGAAGAGGCAAUCGGUUUUGUAAACAAGAUAAAGGCUAGGUUUCAAGGUGAUGAUCACGUGUAUAAAUGUUUCCUUGACGUUCUGAAAAAGUAUAGAAAGGAAAACAAAUUAAUCUCUGAGGUUGUUCAAGAGGUUUCUUCUCUGUUUAGUGAGCACCCUGACUUGCUGGGGGAGUUCACCAAUUUUUUACCAAAUUCAUUGGCAAGAGCUUUGGUCGAUGGAGCCCAUAUCUUGCAUCGUGAUGAUACAAUGUCUCCUGUGAUCGCAGGAAAGACCGGUGAAAAGAAGGCCACUGAGUUGCAUGCAGACAAUGGCCAUGGUCUGGAUCAGCCUUCCCCAGAACAAUGCGGACAGGAAAGUAGAGAAAGGGAUUUUGAUGAAAAGGAGUUAAACAGGAAAUCUCUAUACAGAGAAGAUGCUAGUGAAAGUUAUCCUAAGCAAGAUAUGCUUGAUCAAGAUUUAUUGUUGUUUGAGAAUAUCAAAGAAAGACUGCAGAAUUGUGAUUAUUACCAGCAACUCUUGAAGUGUCUGCACACAUAUUUGGAAGAAAAAAUCACAAAAUUACAAUUGCAAUCCCUGGUCAAUGACUUACUUGAAGGACACCUGGACCUUAAGGACGAUUUCAAUCAGUUUCUAACUCACUGUGAUAAAAUAGAUGGUUACCUUACUGCAACUCUGAAUAAUUCAUCCCUAUGGAAUGAUGUUAAAGGUCCCUGGUUGGUAAAGGCAGAAGACACUCAAGAUAGGGAUAAAGUUGGGGGUUGUGAGUGUGAAGAGAAAAAUCAAGAUGUUGAUGCCAAAGAAAGAGACAUGCCUAAAGACUUACAAGAGCAGAAAAUGUUCUCAAACAAGGAUAAGUAUAUAGGAAAACCUAUACAUGAACUUGACCUCUCUGACUGUGACCAUUGCACUCCCAGUUACCGGCUCCUCCCAAAGAAUUAUCCAAUUCCGAUAUCAAGCCAGAGAACCCAUAUAGGAAAAGAGGUAUUGAAUGAUCAUUGGGUAUCUGUAACUUCCGGGAGUGAAGAUUACUCUUUUAAACAUAUGCGGAAAAACCAAUAUGAAGAGAGCUUGUUUCGAUGUGAAGAUGACAGGUUUGAGUUGGAUAUGCUGUUGGAAUCUGUAAAUGUGACUACUAGACGUGUUGAGGAUCUGCUUGAUAAGAUCAAUAAUAAUGCAAUAAAUAAUCCCAUUCGAAUUGAAGAUUAUCUCAAUGUUCUUAACCUAAGAUGCAUCGAACGUCUUUACGCUGAUCAUGGGCCUGAUGUUAUGGAUGUGUUGAGGAAGAAUGCACCACUUGCUCUGCCUGUAGUUCUGACACGAUUAAAGCAGAAACAAGAGGAGUGGGCAAGGUGUCGUUAUGAUUAUAAUAAAGUCUGGGCUGAUAUUUAUCUUAAAAACUAUCAUAAGUCACUGGACCACCGUAGCUUCUACUUCAAGCAGCAGGACACAAAGAGCUUGAGUACUAAAGCAUUAUUGGCUGAAAUAAAAGAAAUCGGUGAAACAAAGUGCAAAGAGGAUGAUGUGCUUCUUUCUGUUGCUACUGGGAAUAGACUGCCAGUGAUUCCUCAUUUGGAAUUCACAUAUCCUGAUCCUGACAUCCACAAGGACCUUUAUCAGCUCAUUAAGUUUUCCUGUGAAGAAUUUUGCACCACAGAGCAGCUUGAUAAAGUUAUGAAAGUUUGGACAACAUUCGUUGAACCAAUGGUUGGAAUUCGGACUCGUCUUCAAGUUUCCGAGGACGGAGAAUUCAUCGAGAAGAACAGCAACCGUGUUGCUGAAACCAUAACCACUGUCGCUUUUGGGGGAAGGGUUAGGAGUCCUGCCAGUGCCAGUAUCACCGUAAUUAAUUCCAGACUACCACAUACUUACAAAAAAGGAGAUGAAGACCGUCCACCUGAAAACUCAAGUUCAUCCAGAGUUUCCUUAGCUGCUAUCAGUGACUUAGUAAAAAAGAUUGGCUCUCAUAGUACAGUAGAUAGUUCUGCUGCCAAGAUUAACGCUCUUCAUAACCCCCCUCAUAUUGGGAAUUCACCAAGUGCUGUCAACAUGGUUGGUAUGAUUUCUGCUCAGCAGCUGGCCCAUUUAAGAGUUGCUGCAGUGAAGGAAACCCAUGGGAGAGCUGGUAGAGAAAACACUUCUGAUUUGCAAAUGGUUCCUUGUUUGACCAGGCCCUGUGCCACUGCUGUCCCUUCCAGAGAAAAUGAAUCUGCUGUUGAUAGUGGACUUGAUAUAAAAACUUUCAAAGAGGUUAAGGAGUGUAGGUUCACAAAAGUAGUGCAAGAUGGCAUUCCAGCUCAAGAAUCAGGAGAAAGACUAAAAAUGGAGAGAGAGGAGGGUGAGUUAUCUUCGAAUGAUGAUUUUGACAUCAAUUUUGGAUCAAGUAAAGACUCUGAAGUUGCAUUGCGAACUACAAAGGAAACAACCACUAACAUACUGUACCAAACUGGUGAUAGAGAAGUGUCGUGUGGUAGAGUGGCUGGAGGUGAAAAUGAUGCUGAUGCAGAUGAUGAAGGUGAUGAAAGUGCUCAAAGGACAUCAGAAGACACUGGAAAUGCAUCUGAACAUGGUGAUGUUUCAGGAAGUGAGUCUGCUGAUGGCGAAGGCUCUCAUGAUGAAGACGGUGACCAAAAUGUCCACAAGGCUGAGAGCGAAGGUGAGGUGGAGGGAAUGGAUGGCGCUCAUGAUACUGAAGAUGGAGUUCCAUUGCCAUUGUUGGUGAGUGGCAUACAGACAACAGCUAAGCCUCUCACCACACUAGUUCCUGUAGCAUUGCAUGACAAGGAUGGCUCGAGAAUUUUUUAUGGAAACGAUUCCUUCUAUGUGUUGUUUAGACUUCACCAGACCUUGUAUGAGAGAAUGCACAAAGCAAAGUUGCAUUCUUCGUCAGUUGAGAACAGAUGGAGAGGGUCAAACGUUCCAAACCCCACUGAUAUAUAUGCUAGGUUUAUGGCUGCACUGCGCAAUCUGCUUGAUGGUUCCUCUGACAAUGCAAAGUUUGAGGAUGACUGCCGAGCUAUCAUUGGAGCCCAAUCCUAUCUCCUCUUCACCUUAGAUAAGCUGAUAUAUAAAUUAGUGAAGCAGCUCCAAACGAUUGCAACUGAUGACACGGAAAACAAACUUCUCCAGAUAUACAUGUAUGAACAAUCAAGAAAAGCUGGCUUGUCCUUUGAUGUCGUUUAUCAUGAAAAUGUUCGCGCUUUUAUUCAUGAUGAGAACAUAUAUAGAAUAGAAUGUUCAUCUUCACCAACACAGUUGUCCAUCCAGCUUAUGGACUAUGGGUCUGAUAAGCCUGAAGUGGCUGGUGUCGUUAUGGACCCAAAAUUUGUUGCUUAUUUGAGCAAUGAACUACUCUCAUGUGCUACUGGGCAAAAGGAAUUCCGUGGAGUGUUCUUAAAGAGAAAUAAACGGAAAUAUGCAAUGCUGAAUGAAACUUCCGCUACACGCAAGGCAAUGGAGGGACUUCAAGUAAAGAAUAGUCUGGAAUGCAAGAUAGCUAGCAAGUCAUUGAAGGUCUCCUAUGUUUUGGACACUGAAGACUUUAUGCGUCGGAAAAAGAAACACAGGAGAUUAAUGCACCAGUGCAUCUCGUCCAAUGGUCACACCAAUUCUUCAAUUGGUUUUUAUAGAGUAGACCGCCGCCGCAGUUUGCUUUUUAGUUGAUAAACUCAGCCUUUGUGACAUCAAGGUGUUAAGGUGGUAGUGUGCGGUUCAAAGUGGCAGAUUGCUUCACAGUUGAAAAUUUUCAGAUUCUGUGACUAGCACUGCCUUCAGUUGCGGGAGUUUCGAGGUGGCACAUUUUUCAUUGAUGAAUUUGAGGUUUGUUACAUUCGUGGGUUAAUGUGGAAGCUUGGCAUAUUGAAGAUUCAAAGUGAUCUAGUACCGAUCUCUCUCCUGAUCCUGAUCUGGUUCCUUAUUAAUCUCAUUUUCCAAAAGGGACUUCUCAGUUUGUAUCUCAUUUUUCUGCCAAAUUUGAGUUUGGACCCCAUUUUCAAAAUAUUAGUGUUUGCACACAAAAAAUCGUAAAAAAGAGGGGACAAACUCUAAUUUAAAAAACUAGUGGAGUGCAAGAUUCAAUGUUUGUGGUGCAAAUAUGAAUUAUUCUGAAAAUGGGAUGCAAACUCAAAUUCAGUUGAAAAGUUGAGUUGUAAACUCUACCCCCUUCCCAAAAUUCACAAAUAUUUGCUGUUAUCAAACAGAGAAUUACAUUUUUUUUUACUUCUUCACUGAUAACUGUACUAGAGUCAUCUUAAAUUGUACAGAGAAUUGAGGGGUUUAAAUCAUCACACCAUCCGCUUCUAUAUAAAUCUUAUUUUGAUUUUGACGGAUUUCAAGAAAAUUGUAUUGCUUUGACUGUG